CGGGACCCCUGGCGCCCCCCCCCCGGGCUCGCCCCGGCCUGGGCCGCCGCCCCCCCACCCCGAAGCCGGCAGCCAGCUGAGUCCCCGGCGCCCCGCCUCGGGGGGCUCCACUUGCAGCAGCCGCGACAACUCGGCCGAGAGAGACCCCCCCGGCCUGGCCAGGGCCGCCCCUGCCGCCGGCAUCAUGAAGUCAUUGCCGUCACCCUGCGGACUGACGCACGUCAUCCCUGUCUGUGAGUGACAGCUGACGCCUCCCUGCAGAGAUUCAUCGUCCCCCCCCACCACCACCACCACCUGCAGCUCUUCGAAGAGAGAACCGGGCCUUACCCCCAUCAUGAAAGCCUGCAUUCUCUAAGGUGGCAGAGAUCAGACAGAGAAGGAUGCAUUUGCCAGAGGUUUCACAGGUGGCUGGAAAAGGGUUUCGGGCCUAAAAGGAUGGUUCCCGCCAGCGCUCCCUGCAGAAGAAGAAGACCGUCUCCUUCAGCACCAUGCCCAGCAACCGCAAGCUCAGCAGCACCGCCGCCUGCAUCUCCUUCAUGCUGGAGGGCUGCGAGAUGAAGAAGGUGCGCUCCAACUCGCGCAUGUACAGCCGGUUCUUCGUGCUGGACCCUGACCUGCGUUUCAUGCACUGGGAGCCUUCCAAGAAAGACUCGGACAAGGCCAAGAUAGAGAUCAAGUCAGUCAAGGAGGUGCGUGUCGGGAAGAAGACGCCAGUCCUGCGCUCCAACGGCCUCUCUGACCAGUUCCCGGACGAGUGCGCGUUCUCCAUCAUCUACGGAGACAAUUACGAGUCCUUGGAUCUCGUGGCGAGCUCUGCCGAUGUGGUGAAUGCGUGGGUCAUGGGGCUGCGGUACUUGGCGUCCUAUGGGAAGCACACGCUGGAGGGGGCUCCGGAGACCGGCUGUCCGAACCCCCGCACCUCGUGGGUCUCCUCUGUCUUCGACAUUGCGGACCUGGAGAAGGAAGGCCGGAUCCCUGUUUCCCGGGCCGUGCAGCUCAUCCAGGCCCUCAACCCCGGCAUGAAGGCCUCCACGAUCGAGCUGAAGUUCAAGGAGCUCCAGAAAGCGGCCAGCGAGCGGAUGGGGGACGAGGUCAGCUGCGAGGUCUUUGUGGAGGCCUACUGCGAGCUGUGUACCAGGCCCGAGGUGUUUUUCCUCCUGGUCCAGUUUUCCAGCAAUAAAGAAUACAUGGGCUUGAAGGAUCUCAUGAUCUUCUUGGAGGCCGAGCAGGGCAUGGAAGGGGUGACAGAAGAAAUGUGCGUGGAGAUCAUCAGCAAAUACGAACCGUCCAAGGAAGGCCGGGAAAAGGGCUACUUGGCCAUCGACGGCUUCACGCGCUACCUCCUCUCGGCCGACUGCAGCAUAUUCGACCCACAGCACCGCCAGGUGUGCCAAGACAUGAGCCAACCGCUGUCCCACUACUUCAUCAGCUCUGCGCACGGAGCGUGUCUGGCCGAGGACAGCUGUUUCUGGGGCGGCUCCACCUCGGACAUCGGGGGCUAUGUGGCGGCUCUCAAGGCCGGCUGCCGCAGCUUGGAACUCAUGGUCUGCGACGGCCCUUCUGGGGAGCCGGUGGUUAGUGUGGGUGCCCGCUUGGCUUUCUCCAGAGUGGUGGGUGCCAUUGCGGAAUAUGCUUUCGAAGCCUCUGCAUUUCCUCUCAUCCUGUGCCUCUCCGUGCACUGCUGCUGCGCUCAGCAGAGGGUUGUGGCGGAACACCUGAGGAAGACUUUUGGGGACAAGCUGUACCUGAUACCCCCAAAUCCCAAUGAAGGAUAUCUUCCCUCUCCAGAAAGGCUCAAGAGAUGCGUCCUAAUCCAAGGCCGGAAGCUGCCUCCCAGCUGCCAGUCAAGCGAGGGGGACGUCUCUGAUGACGACGAGGCCUCAGAGCUAGGGCUUCCGCUCGGUGAGGAGGACCGAGAACAGCCCCGUCACCGACGGGCCCUGUGCCACGAGCUCUCCGACCUGGUGACCCUGUGCCAGCUGGUGUCUUUCCGAGGCUUCGAGGCCUCUCGGCGGAGCCCGCACUAUUGGGAAAUGUGUUCCUUCAGCGAGGUGGAGGCUGGGCGCUAUGCCAACGAGGAGCCGGAGGAUUUUGUGGCCUACAACAAGCGCUUCCUGUCACGGGUUUAUCCCAGCCCUAUGCGGAUCGAUGCCAGCAACAUGAACCCACAGGACUUCUGGAAGUGCGGCUGCCAGAUGGUGGCCAUGAACUACCAGACACCGGGCCUUAUGAUGGACCUGAACGCCGGCUGGUUCCGCCAGAACGGGAGCUGCGGCUAUGUGCUGCGGCCGGCCAUUAUGCGUGACGAGGUGUCCUACUUCAGCGCAAACACCAGGGACGCUUUCCCCGGCAUCUCGGCCCAACUGCUACAUCUCAAGAUCAUCAGCGGGCAGAAUCUGCCCAAGCCCAAGGGCUCUGGUGCCAAGGGGGAUGUGGUGGAGCCAUAUGUCUGCGCCGAAAUACACGGCAUCCCAGCUGACUGUGCUGAAAAACGCACUAAGACGGUGCUGCAGAGCGGGGACAACCCGGUCUUUGAGGAGACUCUGGAGUUCCAGGUGAACCUUCCCGAGCUGGCGAUCCUCCGGUUCAUGGUGCUUGAUGACGAUUACAUCGGGGACGAGUUCAUCGCACAGUACACCAUCCCCUUUGAAUGCCUCCAGACGGGCUACCGCCACGUGCCCCUCCAAUCCCUCUCUGGCGAGUCCCUCCCCAACGCGACUCUGUUUGUGCACGUGGCCAUCACCAACCGAAGGGGCGGGGGCAAAGCACACCGGCGGGGGCUCUCGGGGCGCAAGGGACGGCGCAUGCGGGAGUACACGUCCAUGAAGGCCACGGGAAUCAAGGCCAUAGAUGAGGUGUUCCGGACUGCCACUCAGCCAUUGCGGGAGGCCACAGACCUGCGGGAGAACAUGCAGAAUGCUCUGGUCUCCUUCAAGGAGUUGUGCGGCUUGACACCAGCAGCCAACAUCAAGCAGUGCAUCUUAAAGCUGGCCACGUGGCUACAACCCAGUGAGAAAGAGAGCCCUCCGGCUGUCACCCUGAACCUGGGUGAGGAGUACCCUUCCAUGGAGGCCCAGGGGCCAGUCCCGGAGCUGCUACGAAAAGUGCUUGCUGCCUACGACACUAUGAUCCAGACAAGCCGGACGCUGAUUGAGUCAGCCGACGCCGUUCACACCAAGAUCAUUCAGGUGCAACAAGCAGGGAUGGGUUUUCACAAAGAGCUACACCGGCUGGAGGUGAAGGAGGAUCUGAAAGGGCGGAAGCUGCAGAAGGCGCUGGAGAGUUUUGCCUGGAACAUCACAGUCCUCAAGGGCCAGGCUGACCUGCUGAAACACUCCAAGGCAGAGGCGCUGGACACCCUGUGGCAGAUCCACAAUGCUGCCCAGUCCUGUGGCAUUGGGCGGAAUGGAGCCGCCUCCCCAGACCUCUUCCGUGGCCGAGCCGUCCUCGAUCCCAUCCCGGAGACUGAAGGAGGAGGCAGCGAUACAGGAUCUUCCUGACUCGGAAUGAAUAAGGCCAUAGGGGAGGGAAUUCUUGGACACAGCGAGGGCUGUACAGAGACACUGAAUCUGGCGGAGUUUUUUUUUAAAAGAGAUACGUGAAGCACAACGUUGCCUCCGGCAUGGGGGAAGGGGGAACUGGUUGAUAUCUCAAGUGUUGAUGUGUGUCGCAGCUGAGGGUGCCUUUGACACCAGGCGCGAGGUGGCAGUUUCAGAUUCUGAACCCUUUUGUGGGUGGGAGAUCGGGUCGUUGGGGCAUGUCCACCAAAAUUCUCCUGCACAAGCUCCGCUGGGUUAGAUCUGACUUAUUUCUCUGCUGCUGAGAAAACAAAGAGGGACUCCCCUUUGACCACCCUGUAAGUCUGUGCUGGACCACCGUGUAGGGUGGAGGCUUUCAUAAGGAAGGGAAUUUGGCAAGACUGAGUAAAAACAGCUGGCCGAAUCCGACCCGUUGUUAACAACAGGAGCUAUUGUGUUUCUCUGCCGGUUCUGUUCAUUCCAAGGGAGCUUUUUCAGACUGGACUUCAGAGACCUUGAGGAGAGAGGCAGGCUACAGGGGGUGAAAGAACAACUAGGGCGGUGGUCACACACACUCAAUAAUCCACUUUCAAUGCACUUUCCAACUGGAUUUUUACUGUGUGAACU